CUGCAAUACAAGCCCGCAACUUUAUUUAUUCCAUCGACCUUUAAAAUUUCGAACACUACAAUACAACCAUUUUCUGAGAGAGCGAGAGAAGAGAGAGAGAGAGAGAUGUGCACGUUAGAGAGAAAAGGCAACAUCUUCAUCCUGACGCUAACAGGCCCAGGCGAGCACAGGCUCAACCCCACUCUCAUCGACUCAAUCCAAUCCGCACUAACCCAAGUCCGGGCCGCCGUGACCACCACCUCCGCAUCGUCGUUACCGGCAGCCUUAAUCACCACCGCACAUGGCAAGUUCUUCUCCAACGGCUACGAUCUCUCCUGGGCCCAGUCCUCCCAAUCCCGGACCUACCUCAUGGACGCCAAGCUCCGGUCCCUCGUCUCCGACUUCAUCUCGCUCCCCGUGCCCACCAUCGCCGCCGUAUCAGGCCACGCCUCCGCCGCCGGGUUCAUCCUCGCUCUCAGCCACGACCACCUCCUCAUGAGGCGAGACCGCGGCUUCAUCUACAUGAGCGAGCUCGACAUCGAGCGCAUUUUGCCGGCUUGGUUCUUGGCUCUGAUCGAGAGCAAGGUCGGUUCGCCGAGGGCUCGGCGCGACCUGAUGCUCAGAGCCGAUAAGGUGACGGCUGACGUGGCAGUGAAGAAGGGGAUCAUCGACUCGGCGCACGAUAGCGCGGAGGAGACGGUUGAGGCCGCGGUGAGAUUGGGGGAGGAUUUGGUUGGGCGGAAGUGGAAUGGACACGUGUACGCUCAGAUUCGCAUGGACUUGUUGUCUGAGGUUUUAGAUGAGAUCCGAGGGGAUAACGGUACUAGCAUGAGAUCGAAACUGUAGCUAAUGGGUCGAGUCGGGUGGGGAUAUUGGACAUUUUGGGCCGAUACGGGUCGUGGAGUAGAUGAAUUUAAUAAAUCUGGACUGGUCUGCUUGGCCCAACAUGCUCAGUUUUCUACUUUUGUCUUACAAUUUAUGUGUUGAGGUCGUUCUAUGUUGACCUCCCAAACAAAAAAGGUUAUUGUAAUAUUUAUAAAAUAAUAUAUAAAAAGAUGGUUAUCCAGUCGAAUAUAUUUUAUUAA